AAAGCAGUUAAGAUAUUACUAGUUCAAAAAUUUUGAUAUAUCGAAGAAAUUCCUAUUUAUAAUGAUAUUUAUACUUCUAAGCAUUUUGCAAGUAUCGAAGCUGGCUUCAGGGCAAUGUUUUGGAGAGACUAAAAUUGAAUCAGAAGCUUCGGGCAUUGUAAAAUCUCCUGGUCAUCCUGGAAGCUACUAUAACAAUGAUGAAUGCAACUGGAUUGUCAAUAACAAUCUUGAAGACUACGCAAUAGAAAUUGAUGUAUUGGAAAUACAGACUUCUUAUGAUGGAUUUAGAAAAACACGUUGCUCUGGUUCACUUUCUAUAAAUGAAGAAAAACUGGACUGUUUUUCCAGUAAACCAUUUUGUAACCUGUAUUCGACUUCAUCAAAAUGCAACAAAAUAACUUUUUCAAUAUCUGAGUUAUCUCACUGCAUUCCAAAAUCUAUGAAUGAUGAAGGUGUCAAAAUACAGUUAAAGACAAAGUUUUUCGUUACUUUCACAGCACAAAAAUUCAAAUUGAAAUACAGAUUUUUCAAUUGUUCAGAUACUGACACGACAAAAACGCCCAAAGAAACAAAUGCAGGAAGUAAAUUUAUCAGGCCAAUCAACGAGGAUACUACCAUCUCCUCCAAUACGACUGUUGAAACGAAUCCAGCAGCUAACCCCAACAUUGAAGCGAUCGCUGUGCCAAUAAUGUUAAUAAGUCUAAUUACUCUGUUGUUAACUCUAUUCAUGCUAUGGAGACGCAGAGCAAAACAAGCUUUUUCUACUAAAUCUGAGAAUCCCUACGCUGAAGCACACGACUUUACAAACGGAAUAGACAACACUAAUGCAAAUACAGAUACUGGUACUUAUGAAGUUUGGAAUGGAAAUACUCAAACAAAAUAUGGAAAUAAUUUUUCCAUCGUUGGUAAUGAGAAUGCAGCUGCAAACAUCACACAAAACGGGAUAUAUGAAGAUAUUCCUGUAGUAAAACACGACUACAUGGGAGUAGAUACAAACCUAUUUGUAGCGGAAACAGGUUACGCAUUUGCGGAUAAGGGAUACGUUGAUAUUGAUGGCAAAUAUGCUAUGGCUACUAAUAUGGCCAACAAUGACUAUAAUGACAACACACAAUACGCAUUUGCUGACAAAGGUUACGUAGAUAUUGACAACAAAUAUGCAAUGGCAAAAAAUGACAAAAAUGCUCCAUUGGAAAAUGUAUAUGAACCAUCAAAUUCAGAACAUGAUUUAAUGGGCCCGGACAUUCCUACUUCCCCAAAUCAUUACGAAAUGGCAGAAAAAGAAUAUGAAUUAGUAGGUGGACGAUAUGCCAUGGCCGACAGCGCAUCGAAUAAUGAAUAUAAAAAGACUGAAGAGAAUACAAAUGAAUAUGAAAUAGCCGUACAAGGAACAAAUGAUAACGAGAACCCCUAUGAAUUGCCAAGUUCUGAAUGAUU